AUGGUGGAUCCUUUCGUGAAAGGUGAAAUCCAUAAAAAGGUCAUGCUGAGCGUCUGGUGGGGAGUUCAUGGAAUCUACCGUUUCGAAUUGCCGCCGGACAACACGAAAGUUACUGCCGAGGUCUGCCUCGCUCAACUGCAAAGACUGGCCGAUAAGAUCCACAGGGAACACUCGAAGCUCGACAACGUUCGCCUGCUGCACGAUGACGCGCGCCCUCACAUCGCGAAGAAGACUUCCCAGAAAAUUCUGGAGCUCGGAUGGGAAGUUCUACCGCACCCAUCGUACAGCACGGACCUGGCUCCGAGCGACUGCCACCUCUUCCGAUCGCUUCAGCAUCACCUGGAAAAGAAGCGCUAG